AUGGCUGACGGCAUCGACGCUGCAAGCUGGUAUGCCUGGUUCACCGAGCCUAGCUUUGUUCCAUCCGCCUACCAUUAUAUCCUCCGUGGGACAUUCUGGUUCUUUAUGACAAUCUCCCUUCUGCUGCUCUCGCCAAUUCUCCUGCUGCUGGUCAUCGACUUGGUGCUGUAUUUCUGGCGACUCUCAACUGUUAGCAAACCGGCCGCACACAUGCUGCAAGCCGGCCACACCACUGGCCCGCCGAAACCGCCAGCUCGCUCGGCGCAGGAUGGAUCAGCCGGGAUAAAGAAGCUCAACUGA